UCCUGAGGGCUUUUCUGCCUCUCCCGUCCCGGGCAGCCGCUCCGGGAGCUCCGUGCCUUGCCAUGGAGCUGUGGCAGGUGCCGCUGAGCUUCUCCCGCCUCCGCAUGUUCCCUUUCUUCGACCUGGCGCAUUAUGUCGCCUCCGUUCUGGCGCUGAAGGAGCAGCGGGGAGUUGUGGAAGUGUCGGUCCGAAGUCCAUUGGCCUGCUGGUUUAGUGCAAUGCUUUAUUGCUUUGGGGGUUCAGUUUUGUCCUCCUUGAUGCUUGGUGAACCUCCAGUUGCAUUUCUGGCAAAGACCAUAAAUAUUCUACUGGCAUCCUCAGUCUGGUAUCUAGUGUUUUACUGCCCAGAAGACAUAUUCUGCCGCUGCUUUUCCUUUCUGCCUCUUCGUCUUCUGGUGGCAGGAAUGAAAGAAGUGACAAGGACUUGGAAGAUCACAGAUGGCAUUGCACAUGCAGACAUUGUCUACAAAGAUGCCUGGCUUGUCAUGGUAGCUGUGGGCUGGGCCAGAGGUGCUGGUGGUGGCCUAAUUUCCAACUUUGAGCAGCUGGUGAGAGGAGUGUGGAAACCUGAAACCAAUGAGCUCCUGCAGAUGUCCUACCCUGUGAAGGCAACUUUGAUAGGAGCAGUUCUUUUCAGCCUGCAACGCAGACAAUACUUGCCAAUAGCAAGACACAACCUUAUGUUUUUAUACACCAUCUUCCUUGUUGUCUUCAAGGUAAAAAUGAUGUUGACAAGAUGUGCAACUUCUCCACUUGCUCCCUUUGAGGCUGCAAUGGGCCAAAUGUUUUUUGGCUCACGAAAGAUACCUUCUAAAGUGAAGGGUGAAGGUGCCACAUCUUCCAACGGCUCUUCAGUCUGUGACCAGCCUUCUGAGCAGCACCAUGAGAGUGCUAAGAAAAAACAAGCAAAGAAAACAGAAUAAGUGGCUUAAAAUCCUUGUGAUGGGCAUGAAGAUGUUUGUCUUCCAGAUUAGGCUGGCUGAGAAGUUCCUCUAAGGAAAUGAGAACAGGGCUGUGUUGUGGUUUGCCUUUUGGAAUGUGUUAUGUAAGCUAUGUGUAAAUGCACAUGUUGGAUAUGUGAGUUCAAACUACAAAUUUUUAUGGUGGUUAAAAGUUUACUAAUUUUUGUAUUUAUGAUAUCUUCAAAUGCUUAUAUGUUUAAAAGAUAGUUUCAAAAAUGUGACAAUCAUGUAUAUAUAUUUUUUCCUACCGUGUCACUUGUUUCACAUCUUCCUAUUCCCCAGUUCUUAUAUUUCAUUUUGAUAACACUGAUUUGUACUGUCAGGUGUUCACUGUAGCACAUCCCAAAUAAGUAAUUAGAUAAGGCUUAAUCACAUUGCACUGUGUGAAACCAUAGAAAUAUACCAAUUUAAUGCCUUCAACUAGAAAAGUAA